CGGUGCGCGCGUCAGAGACCACUCGGUCAAUUUAGCCAAAGUGCCAGUUCCUCUCGUUCUCUCACUCCCCCGGACCGGUCAACGGCUUUUCUUUUCUUUUGAAAUGACUGUUAGCCAAAUGAGUUGCAUACAAGCUACCGCAGAAGCGAAGCGGAGGAGCGCGUUGACAUAAACCUGGUUUGUUUAUUGACCAAACGCACCAACUUUUAGGGAAAUGUAAAAAAAUGGCGAUGUGCUUGUUAAAACGUUUGCGGCGUCCUGGUCGUUAAAGUGUCAGUAAGGUAAAGAGGGACGACGUGUGUUGGCGCAGAGAGUUUUGACAGGAAAGUAAUGGAAAAUGACGAACCCCAAUCGCCGGACCCGAGCCAAGACAACACUCAGACAAUAAGAGCUCAGAUAGAGGUGAUCCCAUGUAAGAUCUGUGGAGAUAAGUCAUCAGGUGUUCAUUAUGGAGUUAUCACUUGUGAGGGUUGCAAGGGAUUCUUCCGCAGAAGUCAGUCCUCCAGUGUGCAAUAUUCAUGCUCCAGGCAGAGUAACUGUCCCAUCGACCGCGCCAGCCGCAACCGCUGCCAGAGCUGCCGCCUCAAAAAAUGUGUCGCUCAGGGCAUGAGCCGUGAUGCGGUAAAGUUUGGUCGCAUGUCCAAGCGUCAGAGAGACUCGCUGUUUGCAGAAGUUGAGAGACACCGGCAGCAACAGCGUCUUCAGUGCAACUCGGUUCAAGAAUCUCAGACUCUACCAGCCUACCGGCCCGGCAAAGACCCCAGAGAACAGUCAGCACACCUUAUUCCUACUCUGCCUCCAGCCUACUCCUAUUCUGUGGAGCCCGAACUGCCAGGCUUCCCAGCAGAGGUGCAUCCAUACCUGGAGUGUCGCGUAGGUGAGGCUCGUGCUCCUGGUCUGGUCUGCAGGGGUUCCCACAGGAGGAGUGAGAGCAAUAGCCUAACAGCUGGGAAAGGGUUUGACUGCACUAGGUCUACACCAGAGGGCAUCCUAAACAUGCCAUGCAGUGAAAUGGGGUUUCGGCCUUUUGACCCGGAGAGCUUGUUCUUUGGCUACCCAACAUCUCUCCACAUUGAGGAGCUCUGUGUGAGUAUUGUGCGUUCCCACAGAGAGACAACUCAUUAUCGUCCAGAGGAGAUUCAGACUCUCAGAUGGAAGGUUUUCAGCAGGGAGGAGAUCCAUGUUUACCAGAGCAAGUCAGUGGAUGAAAUGUGGCAGCACUGUGCAGUGCGGUUGACUGAUGCCGUUCAGUAUGUGGUGGAAUUUGCUAAACGUAUUCCAGGAUUCCGUCAGCUCUGUCAGAAUGAUCAAAUUACUCUGCUCAAGAGUGGGUCCAUGGAAGUGGUUUUGGUCCGGAUGAGUCGGAUGUUUAACACGGAAAACAACACAGUAUUCUUUGACGGCAAAUUUGCUGGAACAGAACUUUUCAAAUCUCUAGCAUGUAGUGAUCUAAUAGCUGCUGCAUUUGACUUCGCUCACAAUUUAUGUGCGCUGAGACUGACUGAACAGCAGAUGGCGAUGUUUAGCGCACUUGUCCUCAUCAACGCAGAUCGGCUGUGUCUGGAAGACAGAGAGAGAGUGCAGAGAGUAAGGAGAGAUGUGGAGCAUGCCCUGAGUCACAUCCUGCACAGAGACAAUCAGGAGAGUCUACUUAUUAAGCUGUACCAGAGGGUGCCGGUGUUGAAGUCUCUGUGUGCACAGCAUAUUGAGAAACUGCGGUGGUUUCGUCAGCUGUACCCACUCACUGUGAUUUCCCUCUUCCCUCCGCUGUACAAAGAGCUGUUUGGCUUUGACACAGAUAUACAGACACUGGCUACUCACUAAACACCCACAGACACACAGUUAUAAAUGAAAGAGGUGUAUGCAGUUGAGGUCAAAACAUAACAUUUACCUGCUGAAGAAGAUAAAUACUGUAUAUUUUUGUAAAUCUCACACACACAGAAAAUAAUAUUAAUAGCUCUAUGCAUAUGUCUGAGUUUAUCAGUAUUUUUGUGCAAAUUCUAUUUUGUUAAAUAUUAGCCUUCAACCUAUGCUUUUCAGUUGAGAUAAUGUUUUUGGCAAUAUUUUAAGAAUUUAAUUUGAGUAUUCUUAAAGUUGCUUUUGACUGAGGAUUUUGUAAUGUUUUUUAAGAUAAUGACCUUAUCUUGAUUCUAGCUGGUAUAAAGGAGCAUUAGCUCUGAUUAUUAAAUUGUGAUUCAUAGCACUGAUGAAUGUAUGCAAAUAGUGAAUGCUUUUGAAAACCAACAUAGUUUCCAGCCCCAAAGAAUGUUCAGGGAGAAGAAAGAACUGGGAUUUUUCGUUUAGUAUUUUCUUCUGUACUCCCUCUUUAAUUCACAGACAAUAUAAAGGCAGAAAUGCUUAAUACACUUAUUGCAUUAAUAUAAAUAUAGUCCUCUAAUUUGACACCUUAUUUGUCAUCAUGUUUGUAUUGUAAUUGCCCCUACAAUUCCACUAAUACUUGUUUUGGCACAUGCAAUCCUCACCUGGAUUUGAGAUUCACCUGUAUUUGAGAACAACCUGUUGUUCCAUGAUUGUGGAAGUUUUUCCUUGAAAUUACCAUUCACUUUAGACACAUGCAGGACAAGUUCAACUAAAAGGUUGUUGUACUGUAUAAUCACUAUAUUAAGAUGGGUGAUUCAGUGUUGGUGACUUUCACUAGUCAUUCAAUCAAUUUAAUAAAUAUGAUAAUUGAAGAUUCUCAAUAUUUAUGCUUAAAGGUCUAAAAAAGAAUGAGAUGUUAUGCUCUUAUUUAUCAUGCUUGUGUAUACAAUUAGAAUAAUAACAAUUGUAUUUUCUUUUAAUUUGUAAAAACCUAUAAACAAUUGUUCAUAUGUUUAUUUACAGGAGUUUAAUUUGUGCAUUUUCCUAUGUUUUAGUGAGCUUUUGUGUUUUUUGCUGUGGCACAGUUUGUGUUCCUGUUGUAUUUCGUGUCAGCUUUAAUUUAUCACUCACACAGUUCAUGAAACCCUGUUAUUGUUUUGCUCUGGGAAGCAUAAAUUCCUGAUUGUUUUGGUUUUGUGCUGCUUUGCAGAAAGGGCCUCAAAUAAACCUCUGAAAAGCAUAGAAAUUAUUGAUGUGUCUGUAGAUCUGAGAGGGAGGGACAGUUUCCAGGAAAAAUAUAAACAGACUGGU